AUGCCCAUCCCAACACGUUCAGUUUCGCUGCGCGAUCCCCGUAAACAAACUUCAAAUAUAGCACGACCUGCCACGAAACCCUCCACUCCACUACCCGCUACGGCCAGCCCGACCAAGGACUCUGCCCGAGAGACGAAUAACAAGAACCGCUCGCCAUCAAAUCCCUCGCCGGUCGAGGGUUUGCCUCUAAAAAACAAUGGACUCACUGCUCGAGGAAGAACCCUACUCCCCCAGCGCAGUAAUUCUGCCCAAGACAAUGGUAGUGGAACUGGACAUGGGCGCAUUCAGCCACCUAGCAGCAAACUGAACCCACGCGGGGACCCGUCACCAACUAGACCGCGAGAGAUAUCGCCGGCUAAAAAGCAAACACAGGCGGAUUAUGCAGCAACGAAGACCGGGGUAGCACCCAGCCGCCGUCAGAGCAUCAUGCGACCUGGUGCCUUGAAGAUACCUUCAGCGAAGAUUACGGUCCCUUCGCCAAAGAACUCAGCGCCAUCAUUCGCGCCGGCCUCACCCCGCAAAGUGCCAGGAAGGCGAUCCCCAGUCCAACCUCCUACGAUCAGAAGGCCCCCUUCACCCAAGAAAACAGAGAUGCUACCCCCACCACGCUCCACACGGUCCCUCUCUUUAAGACAACCUGUCAACGCCAACAAAGGACCACCCGCGGCAGCCAAAGUCCAUGUGCGGCACAGGAGUCAAAUGGUACAGAAUACAAAACAACCCGAAACAACCCCAGCAACCGGCCAACGUGCACGAACACUCUCGACCUACCAACGGCCGUCGUCUCCUAAGAAAUUCUCCAAACCUCCAACACCUACCCCUGGAGCCGAACCUCAGCCUGGGAAUACGCUGAUCCCUUCAUCAUGGCCGGACAUCGCAGCACUACAAACGGAACUUCUUCAGCUCAGUCUUUUCCAUUCCAACUCACUGCAAAGCCACGCUGAAUGGAAGUCUGAUUCCGAGUCACGUCUGCGCAAAAAGUAUGACAGCGUCGCUAAUCAAUAUCGCUUGGUAUUGGCAGAUGAAACGCAGCGGCAGUGUCAUCUGAAUGCGCAGGCCCUAGGACUUUGGCUUUCCAAUUGUCGCGAACAUCGCGGUCCGCAUGAUUUCUCCGAGCAGAUUCAAAUUUUAUCUCGGGUUUUACAAGAUGUCUCAGACAUGAUUGCUGGCAGCCGGGGUGCACAGUACUCUCAUGCUGUGAAGACCUUUGAAGACUGGAUCAAACAAGCAGAGCUGAUUCGUCAUAACCGCGGACCGGGGUACCUUGAUGUCGGCGCCUUUAUUGACCCCCUGGGGCGAAGCUGGAAAGAAUCGUUGCAUACUUUAAAUGUGAGGCUGGAACUCUGUGCACGCCAAUUGCAAGUACUUGAUAUCCUGGGCUUCGGGCAAGUGGAGCGUCUAGAACAGUCUGCUCUUGUCAGAGUGGCCAGGAAUUUGGCUGAAUUGAUACAGCUUAUGACGCAGGAGAUUCGUGCCAUGCAAACAUUGGAGGCAGAAGUUGUGCGUUCAGAAAGAAAUUCUGUUAGCCUUCUUGCGACGCAGCUGGCAGGCUCUAUAAGGGAAACGAGGGCUCCCCGAGUUGGGGCAUGGAGAAGCUAG